AUGAAUAGACCACAUACAUCGAUCAGUGAUGAUAAUAUGGUUGUACUAGAACAAGAAGAUGAAAAAAUCGAUAAACAAAAAGACAUAGACAAAAAGAAGGACAAGAAAAAUAUGUCAACAAAUAGAAAGGAAUAUAAGAAAAAGAAAUAUAUUAUUUCCAACAAAAUAUUGAAGCAUAUAGAUAAUAUAGACAAAUUAAAAUACGUGGGAAUUAAUCGUAUUGAUGAAAAACAAAAAAAAAGUUAUUUGAAAAAUAUACCAGGGGGUAGGAUUAAAAAGCUAAAAAAACAAACAAAUGAUAAUAAUGAUGAAAGAAAGAAAAAGAGAACAAAUAUGAAGAAAAAAAAAAAAAAAAUUAAUAAAAUAAAAGUUAUUAAAAAAAGAAACAUAAUAAAUGAGAAGCAAAUUGUAGAAGAAAAAGAAUUCAAUGAAUUAAAUGAAAACAGUUCUGAUAAUACGAUAAUUGAAAAUCAAAAUAUCAUAAAAGAAAAUAUUGAUAAUAAUAUAACUAAUAAUUCUAAGAAUAAUCAAAUAAAUGAUGUAAAAGAAAUGAAUAUCGUUCAAAAGGAUAGUAAUCAAAUUGAACCUUUUAACAAAAAAAACUCCUUAAAAGAAAAGAACAAAACAUCAAAAGAUCAUAUUAUUAAUGAUCAUAUUAUUAAUGAUCAUAUUAUUAAUGAUCAUAUAAAGAAUAAAAAAAAGUAUGAAAAUAAUUUAUUUGAUGAAAUUAAAGAAGCAAUAAAAGAUGAUGUUACUAAGCAAAAUAGUCUUAACAAUAUGAACCUUCAAAUAAAAGCUGAAGAACAAUUAAUUCUUUCAAAUUCUGAUCAAAAUAAAAUUUAUAUUCAAUCAUAUAAGAAAGAAAACAUAUAUAUUUCUCAUGAUAAACAGAAAUCAAAUUUAUUAAUGAACUCAUCAACAGAAUUAAAAAAUAAAAAUACUCACAUUUUACAAUUUAAACAUGCUAAAAGUACACACACUUCUUUUUUGAAAACAAUAAAUAAUCUCACAAAUGAGAAAAAAAAAAAAAAAGCCAAAAAAAAAAAAAGAAAGAAAAUAAUAAAAAAAAAACAACAUAUAAAUAAUAAUGUAAACAAUAAUAAUAAUAAUAACAAUAAUAAUAAUAAUAAUAACAAUAAUAAUAAUAAUAAUAAUAAUAAUAAUAAUAAUAAUGAAUUUUUCAAAAAUCUUAAUUAUGUAAAAGAUAUAAACUUUACAAAUUAUAUAAAGAAAGUUAAUUUAAAAUCGAAGGAAAAAAAAUUCAGUGAUAUAUUCAAAAAGAAAAAAAAAAAAAAAAAAAAAAACCAACAUCAUAUGGAUAUUUCAAAAUGUGGGAAUAAAAAUAUCCUGGAGAAAAAGACAAAAGAGUAUCAUCCACAACUCGUAAGAAAAGGAAAAAGUAAAACCGAAAAAGGAGAAGAACAAAAAAAGGAACAGCUAGAUGUUGUGGAUAAAAAAAGUAGUGAUGAUAAAAAAUGUCAUUAUGAUAAACAAAGUAGUGAUGAUAAAAAAAGUAGUGAUGAUAAAAAAAGUAGUGAUGAUAAACAAAGUAGUGAUGAUAAACAAAGUAGUGAUGAUAAACAAAGUAGUGAUGAUAAACAAAGUAGUGAUGAUAAACAAAGUAGUGAUGAUAAACAAAGUGGUGAUGAUACACAAAUCAAAGUGGAGAAACAAACCAAUGUGGAGAAACAAACCAAUGUGGAGAAACAAACCAAUGGGGAUAAACAAAGUAUUGCAGAUUCAAAUAAAAUUAUAGAAGAAACAUAUGCCGGAGAAAAAAUAACCAUAAAGAAAAAAACACGAUUCCAGCUGAAGUCUCAAAUAAAGAACAGAAAUAAAGAUAUAAAAACAAAAGAGAGACAUAUAAAAAUAAAAGAUGCCCACGAGAAGAAAAAAAAAAAAAAAGAGAAUGUUAUAAUAGUACCUAAUGAACACAAUAAUGUUAAAAAAGAGACAAAUAAAAUAAACCAAAAUUUGUUCAGUGAUAAAUCAGAACAUGUUCAUAAGAACACUCAGGUGAUGAAUGAGAAAAGGAUACAAGCUGAUGAGAUAUUAAAGAAAUAUAUACAAAUGAGAGAAGAGGAUAAGUAUAAAAAUGAAGAUAUUCAUAAAUAUAAUAAAAAUCAUAAGACAUGUUAUCCCUUUUUCGAAGGUGAUAAUAAUAUAGUAUUAUUAGACAUAAAAGAAAAAAAAUUUAAUAUUGAUAUAAUAAAUGUUUUUUCUUCAAAUAAAAAUUUAGAAGAUAACUGUCAUGACAUUUUGUUUUUUUUUGAUUCUUAUGUUAAAAAAAAUAAAAAAGAAAAAAUGAAAAACAGUAUAAAUGUUAUAAGGCCACUAAAAAAAUUAUUUAAAUGUGAAUAUUUUGAAAUGGAAUGUAUUAAAUUGAUUAUACACAUAUUUGAUAAAAUAAUUAGUAAAAUGAAAAAGGAGAUAAAUAUGGAAAAUAUAACAAAAUGUUUUGAAAGAGAUGAUCAUAGUAGUAGUUUUAUAUCUCGUAUAAAAAAAAAACAAGAAAUACAAAAACGUAUGAACGAAGAAAAUAAUACCAUAAAAAAUAAUAUUACCAAAAAUUAUAAUAAUUAUUAUUAUAAUGAUAAUAAGAAAAAUAUACUUUAUAAAACAUUUUUAGAUAAUGAUAUAUUAUAUAAUGACGAUUAUGAAAAACAAAAAAUUUACAGUAUAUUAUUUUAUAAUUCUGCUCAUACUUAUGCUUGGAAUGAAUAUCGGGUUUUUCAAAAACUUCGAGAAUGGACAGAUCAGAAUAAAUUACUUAUGUUAAGAGAAAAAAUGAAACAAAUGGAAAAAAAUAAAGAAAACCAUACAACACAUAAAAGAAAAAUGAAGAAUAUCAAUAAUUUUAUUACUACUACUACUACUACUAAUAGUAAUAAUAGUAGUAAUAAUAGUAGUAAUAAUAAUAAUGAUCAAAUGAAUUGUUGUCAUAUAUAUCAUUCUUUAACCGGUAAUGAUAAUAUUUAUAAUAAUUAUUCUCACUAUUAUAAUAAUGAAGUUUCAUCUUAUAUUCCCUUGAAAAAGAUUAAUAUUCUAACAAACAAAAUUAUGUGUACUAUAUUAAACUCUUGUUGUAUACAUGAUAAACAAAAUAUUAUGGGUACUUACAAGGAGCAUGCUCCUUCAUACAACUUUCCUAUGACUAAACAAAAACAUUGGAAUGUAACAUUAAAUCGGGAAUUACUACUUAAUGAUAAAGCAAGCUACCCUUUGAGGAUAAGUGAAGCAGUCGGUACUUUAAUUUCUAAAUAA